GCUAACAUGUGCUGAGUUGAACGAUAGCUGGCUUUAUUUCAUACGUCGGUUGGUAAUACUUGCAGUUCCAGUAUUUGCGAAUGCUCGUGUUGACCUAUCCCUACACGUCUCCACCUUUGCUAAGGUGGAACCUUAGGAACCAUGCUACGUCUAGACUAGGCCACGAACUGUCGUAACGGUAGUCCUACCACUUCAAUUUAGGUCUUAAAAACGAGUAGAAAUUAGAAGCAUAUCCUCAGUGUGCUACAUUCAACAUAUCACAGAUUGAAACACUUACCUGGCGUGCUGUGUGCCAUUGUGUUAGGGUUAAACAGUAAUGAUGGCAUCCACCCAGUCAUACAAGAAACUGCAUGAAGAGUUUGUGAGCAAUUUGAGUGGGACUACUAUUUGGGAAAUUCAAGGCAUUGCCACAAUAGCUGUCAUCUGUAGCCUGCUGAGAGAUGUGACACUGCUUAAGUGGCCUAUGCUUCAGCAAAGCACAUGGUUAAAGUUUGCGAUGGAAUUUUCUCUGCUUGUGUUGCCAGUCCAGCUGUGCUUGACCGUGUUUAGUGACCACUGGUCAGGCUUACUCCUAGGUCUCCUGGGUCUGACCUUCACCUUGUGUAUCUCGCUAGUUAUGGAGGGACAAAAGGGAUCCAAGAGUCAGAAAGACUCCCAUUCACGCAUUCACAAGGAGUCACUGCUUGGAAACAAGAAGAUAUCAAACAUCCUUCAAACUGAGGUCAAGCAACCAAAUGCUAUGAUGACAAACAUGAGGUCCAGUUUACUGGUCUCCACUGCGUUGGCCAUUUUGGCUGUGGAUUUCCCAGUCUUCCCAAGGCGGUUUGGGAAGGCUGAAACAUAUGGUUCAGGUCUGAUGGAUGGUGGGGUGGGAAUGUUCACAGCCUUCAUGGGAAUGGUGGCCAAAGAAGCUCGCUCACACCCACAAGCACUCAGUUUCAGCAGACGACUUAGCCAGCUUUGGGAUGUCCUCUGGUCAAGCUGUCCACUGUUGGUGUUAGGUGUGGUCAGGCUGCUGAUGGUCAAAUCCUCAGGUUAUCAGGAACACGUCACAGAGUAUGGGGUUCACUGGAAUUUCUUCUUCACUCUUGCUGCUGUUCGGGUAUUCUGCACUCUGCUGUUGCUGUUGUGGACCCCAUCAUUCAGCUGGUUACUGGCUGUGGUCUUAGCAGGGCUGUACCAGCUGAUGCUGUCCCAUGGGGGACUCACCCAGUCUCUGCUCCUGGGUUUCUACAAGGAUGGACAGCGGCAUGGGUUCAUUGACUCGAAUAGAGAGGGCAUAGUCACCUGUGUAGGCUAUGUUUCCAUUUAUUUGGCAGGUGUAUUUAUGGGACAGCUCUUCUUUUUACCACCCAGAAAAACUGUGCAGCAUUGGCUAGCAUUUGUUGGUCAACUUCUCCUUGCCUUCCUGGUAUUUAAUGUUUUACUGUUGCUGAGUCAGUAUCUUGUUGAUCCCAUUUCCAGGAGGUUUGCGAAUUUGUCCUACAUUCUGUGGGUGAUGUCAAUGCUUCUCCAGAUGGUGGGUUUGUUUAUCACAGCUGAAUUAGUGUUUAUUAUGAUUCACUGUCUACAGAAUGGACAGGUGAAAGGUGAGGGCACACUCAGGAGCAGGAGCCAAAGCUCUUUCAUGUCCGAUGUGAACUACAAUGGCCUGGCAUACUUUGCCUUUUCCAACCUGUUCACUGGAUUGAUCAAUAAAUCUGUACAGACGAUCUACACUUCAUCAGCAUUGUCAUCAUUUAUCAUUAAUUAA